UCCAAUUUCUGAAAUUUAGCAUUCAGUUGCCUUCCACGUAUUACCGAAUCGUGCGUAGAGUCCUCCGUACAUUGCAAAUCCCGUUUACUUGGUUAGAAGCUGAGUCUUCAUAUUUCUUCGGCAAAUGGGAGAAUCAACAUCUCCUUGGAAAAAUGUCACUAUCUGGAGUCUGUGCGAUGUCUUUCGUAGCCAUUAUGUUGUGCUGCGUUCUCAGGUCGUCAAUGGCAUCUUCCAGUUCUGUUGGUCAUUGGUACUGCAACGAUGACGCAUUCACAGCACUUGUCAGUCCUCCGUCGUUUGACAAAGUAAGCAAAGCUCUAGCAAGAACCCUUACCGUGAAGCAAGCACAUCACAGGAUGCUAACGUGGUCGGACACGCGUGAGGUGUGCUUCCAAGACUUCUAUCAUCACAUCUAUGGUAGCGAGAACCUUUCCGUUUGGGUGAAUGACACCAGCCUGAUGUGCUACCCAACGUCAGCUACUUGCCCAUCUAGAAUGAGACUAAUGCUUGUUUCUAAACUUCCACAGUCACCACCCGUUUGCAAGCCUCUUGUGAACCCGGACGGAGGCUACAUUCAAUACCCUAGCGGACGUCGCCAUCCUUCGGAGGCUCAGUAUUUCUGCACGCGUGGAUUCCAACUACAGGGCGGUCCAACUGUGAAAUGUGACUACAAAGGGGAUUGGACGAAGCCGUAUCCGACGUGUAAAGCUGGAGAGUGUUUAGAACGUCCACGGUUUGCGAAUGGAUUGUUUAUUAUCAGUGGAAGGAAACCUGGAGAUAAUGCCACCCUUUCAUGCAACGAUGGCUUUCGCCUGGCUGGUCAUAACACUGCAGCGUGUUCAACAUUAGGAAUGUGGAUCAUAACCAGCCGGUGUGAAGAAAUAUUCUGCCAUACGCCACGUCUUGCAAAUGGUAUGGUGGCUUUCAAGAGAAACAUUACGGAUAAUUACAAGUACAACGGGACUGUGAUGCUUUCUUGCGAACAAAACUACAAACUGAUCGGUCCAAACUCUGCUCGAUGCAACGAUGACGGAUGGUCUCAAUUGCCACAUUGCAGGGAGGUUAAGUGCACUACAAAUGUCUCUAUUCUGAACGGACAGGUUGCCUACCAAGGGCUCUCCAUUGGCGAUAAAGCUCUUUAUAUCUGCGAUCCAGGCUACACCCUAGUAGGGACCGACUCGAUUUGGUGCCGUCCUCCCGGAUCUUGGGAACACACCGGAAGUCACUGUGAACGCGCUUCUUGUGCCUUAGGCCCUGAAUCGGAGCAUUUCCAAUUGUCUAGCAACUCGUCCAAUUAUGAAGCUGGCUCUGUGGUCAACGUGACCUGCAAAGAGGGGCUCUCUCUUUAUGGACCGGCAUCAUUUACCUGCAGUGCAACGGGACAAUGGUCGCAACUCCCAUUGUGCGAAGCUACGCUCUUGGGGCCAGCUGCAACAACAAGCCAUUCACCGCCUCCAGUUUAUGAUGGCAAUUGGAUUGGAGCCCCAGCAAGUAUUGCUUCCGUUUGUAUUCUCGUGAUAAUCCUUGCAACAUUGGUAGUGCUUUCCAUGGUCUGCCGGAUCCUAGGAAAGAGAAAGAAAAGCAGAGAUCAAAUCCGCCAUCACAACCAAGCCCCAAACCCUGCUGUAGAUGCAGCCGCAACAAGGAGACGCGUAGAAACAUCACAGCCAAGGGCUAGUCGCCCUGGUACGGAACAGGCAGGGCAACUAACGACAAUUGACACUCUCAACUCCGAAAAAGCAACUGGAGAAGGAGAGCCGACAUAUGAUAUCGUCAAGUAAGGCCUAACCAAGCCCACUGUAAACACGUGUGAGGAACGUGAAGAUGUGUACCAGGAUUGGGCAGCAAGGUCAUCAUUGUGUAAAUAGAAUCCCAACUUUAGACUGUAGAUCGAGAUAAGCAGAGCACGGGAAGGACAACGCGAAAAACACCAUCAUUAUUAGAAUGCAUUUUGGCGAUCGCAUGCGUUUUUCUACUUUAUAACACUGCUUGUUCAUUCUAUUUUGCUCUACUCUUACUCAUCGGCAGAUAUUUUUCCAAUUUGUCCCUUUUCCAUUCAAUCCAUCUACUGAUAUUUGAUUUUCAUUCUCAUGCGUGUA